UAUUGAUACCCCCAAGAACAAAACCAAGUACGAAAAACACUUUUUCGCUAAGAAGCGAUGCAGUUCAAGUUUUCUCUUCAACCGAUCAUUAAUAUUCUCUAUAUCUUACUUGGAAUUAUUCUCCCAUUAUGUUUCUGUUGCACUGGCGACGAUAGGCGACACAUCAAAUUUAAGGACCCAAUACCGAACAUGGCCAUGAAAAAUCACGCGAUCAAAAGUGCAGAGGUGCCAAACGAAGGGAGCUGCAAAGUAAUGUGUUUGAUGGAGCCUAAUUGUAUGUCCAUCAAUGUUGGACCUGUUGCAGGAGGAAACCAAAAAUGCGAGUUGAAUAACGCCACGGAGGAAAACCAUGCUCCAUUUCUUCUCGUGAAUAAUCUAAGUUACACAUAUCUUGCAAUCGAGAAUCCAUGCAGCAGCAGCCCAUGCUUAAACAGUGGCACUUGUCAAGCUGGAUUCACCUAUAAAGGUUUUCGCUGUGUCUGUCGGGAAAGAUUUAUUGGAGAAACUUGCCAAGUUGAAGUCAAAAGGAACUGCGCAGAAAUCUACAAAUCCGCGGGUAAACCAAUUGACGGUGUGUACACCAUCAAACCUGAUAAUUUUCCUGCCUUUGAAGUAUUCUGUGACCAAAAAACAGGCGGUGGUGGUUGGACAGUGUUCCAGAAAAGACUGAACGGCUCGGUUGAUUUCUACCGCUACUGGAACGACUACAAACAUGGCUUUGGUGAUCUGAAAAGUGAAUUUUGGUUGGGACUGGACAAGAUUCACCGGCUGACCUCAGAUAAUAACAGCAUGCUGCGUGUGGAUUUGGAAGACUUUGAAGGGAAUACAGCUUAUGCCGAGUAUAAAAUGUUUGGUGUUAUGAGCGAGAAAGACAAGUAUAAGCUGAUCCUUGGUUCUUAUUCAGGAAAUUCUGGUGACUCUCUUGCUUUCCAUCGCGGUAUGCCGUUUACCACUAAAGAUCAAGAUAGUGAUAGUGGAGGUGGAAACUGCGCCAUUACGUUCAAAGGAGCCUGGUGGUACAAGGAUUGUCACCACUCAAAUCUCAAUGGUUUAUAUCUUCGUGGCAGUCACUCCUCAGAGGCUGAUGGAGUGAACUGGAUUCACUGGAAAGGAUAUCAUUACUCUUUAAUGAGAACCGAGAUGAAAAUAAGACCAGGGGAUUUCUGAACUAUCAUGUUUAUGGCACAGUAAUGAUACAGUACCAACUUUAAAAAAACAGCAGUGUCUCGAUUGAGUCUAUUCAGCAUUAAG